UUCCUACAAUAACCUUGCUCAGCAAAAAUUUUUCAAUGCACUACAUAAUUAUGUUCAUAUAUCUGAAAUAUUGCACAUUCUACAUAACAAAUAUAUGCAAAUAACAGUAUUCAUUCAGUAUCACAUUUGGUUCAGGCAAAUUUCAGAACAGGUGAAGAAAGAGUGAAAGACUGCUCUUUUUUCAUGCAUCCAUAACAGUUAAAUUUUGAAAAAUAUGCAAUGGUAUGAAAUUUCUAUAAUGAUCACAUGUUCUUUUAUUUAGUGAUACAUGCUGACAAUGAUUCAGCUACCACUUCAAAAUUGAAAGUUGAUUUUGAAGAUCUUGAAAAAAGAGAUGACCAGAAUCAUAUGAAAAAGGGCUUAUCAAAAAGUUUGCAUCAAAUGUCUAUAAAGUACAAGGAACUUAAACAGGAUGAUACCAGAGAAUAUAUACUAAGAUGUUUCAUGUAUGCAAUUACGGGAGGAACAACUGAAGAUGAUAUAAAAGUGUCUCUAGACAGAAUUGUACCACAUAUAUUUGGCAAUCAUGACAGUUGCAGAGAGGUCACUUGGUGUAAAUAUGAGGAGGAUCCACUAAAUUUUAAGUACAGGAGUCUUCCAGGUGGUAAUCCACUUACAAAUGAAUCCCUGAAAGAAGAACUAUUGGUAUUGGUAUCAAAAUAUACAUCUCGGUCUAAUGCUAUAGCAGAAUUAGGAUCAACACAGGCAAAUGAAAGCUUCAAUCAGAUGGCAUCUUCUAAAGCACCUAAGUCAAGACAUUAUGGAGGAUCAUGUUCCCUUAAAAACAGACUAUCUGCUGCAGUUCUUCAAAAAAAUGAAGGCUAUAGCUACUUGCCUAAGGUUAAUGAGGCUUCAAAUCUGUCUCCUGGUGACUUUACCACGUCUUUGACUUCAAAAAUGGAUGCAAAAAGAAAAAAAAGAAAACAGACAUCAAGUAAAAAAGAAUUUAAGAAAAGGAGGAUUUCCUUAAAGAAAAAAAAAAAUUUAAACGAACGAAAAAGCAGUGUUAAAGAGGGACCAACCUAUGAAACACAGCUUGAAAUGAACAUUGAUGACACUGUAAAUCCUCCUCAUAUUCCUCAGCAAAUCAUAAUUUCUGGAUCAGAAAGCAGAGUUUUCUUCGACCUUGAAACUACUGGUUUAGGAAGGAACAGUGGCAUUACACAGAUAGCUGCUAAAAGUGGUGAUAAUGUAUUUCAGAGGUAUGUAAUUCCAAUGGUUGACAUACAAAUUGAAGCUAGCAGGGUCACUGGAAUUACAUACAGCCAGAGUACAAACAUCAUGUAUGUUCACGGAGAAAAGGUGGAACCAGUUUCUUUACAUAAAGCAAUGUUAGAUUUUUUAGAGUUUUUAUCUAUUUUAGAAAAACCUAUUUUAAUUGGUCACAAUAUUUGUAAUUUUGAUAUACCUAUUUUAGUCAGAAAACUUAAAGAAUUAAAUUUAUACAUAACAUAUUGCAAAUUAGUAAAGGGUUUUGUUGAUACUUUAAAGUUAGCUCGUAGAGUUAUUAACAAGGAUGAGGUUGUGAACUUUAAACAACAAACACUGGUAGAAAAAUUUCUUAAUAUAUCAUACUCUGCUCAUAAUGCUAUUGAAGAUGUGAAGUCUCUUCAAAGUCUUUUUGAUGUAAAACUGUCAUCUUUUUUUAAUAAUGUUGAUGUGUAUUCGCUCAUGUAUCACACUUGUGUGGAGUCUUAUACAGAAUUUAUCAAGAAAAAAAUAAUAACAAAACCAGCAAGUGUAUUACUGGCAAGACAUGGUGUUUCUUUUGAACACGUUAAGACUGUACAUAGCAGGGAUAAAAAGGGUGUGAAAUUUUUGUUUGAAGAAUACCAAAUUUCACAAAAGAUUGUGAACGCCAUCAAUACUUUUUUGGACGAAGAAUAAAUAGAAACAAUAUAGAAACUACAGGUACAUGAAAUGAACAUGGUGUUGUACAUUUGAAUCUUAUAUUAAAAAUUUACCAAAAAGUGACAUUAUUCUGUCAGUAUUAUAUGUAAUUUUGAAUUAAUAGAAAUCUAGAUAUUUAUGAGUAUUUUUUAUGAGUAAGCUAUAAACACAAUGAGAAAGUGAAGCAAAACAGCAUUGAUAUCAUUAUUUUGAAACCUCUGAAUUCAGUGUAAAUGAUCAAUAUCUAUGUGAUGUUAAAAUAUCCAUACAAAAUGUUUAUUUUUUAUACUACGUUAUACCAUAUAUGCAUAUAUGUUCCAGGAUAUCAAGUCUUCUAUUUCUUAAAUGAGGCUUCCUAAAUUUUUCUAUUUAUCUGUUCAUGGACAUAUAAUAUUUCCUAUAUUUGAAUACAUGCUGUAGUCCAUCAAUUUGUAUGAUUUUUAGGAGACAACAAGGGUAAGAGACUAAGUGUAGUUCCUUAAAAAUGUUAUAUUUUAAUGCAUUUUCACUACAGGUCUGUCAGUGAUAUUACAAACUGUGAUAAUAAGAACUGUUAAAGUAAGAACUGGGAUUAAGAAACUGGGAUAUUAAGAAUUUAUGAUUAAGAAAAUGUGACAGUAAGAACUGUGAUUGAGAAACUGUGAUAUUAGGAACUGUGAUAGUAAGAACAGUGAUAGUAAGAACUGAUAUUAAGAAAAUGUGACAGU